AUGGUGGCCUUCAUCGGAGCGGUCAUCUGCAUCAUCGCGGCUGUCCACACCGGCUCCUCCGGGGCCGCCGCGGCGCAGCGACAGCCCGCGACCGACAACCAGUCGCUGUUCCCGGACACGGGAGCCCAGACCCCCGCGGUGGGGGGGGCGGGGGGCUCCGCGGCCCGGCCCGGGGCUCUGGGCGCUCUCCACGGUUCUGAAACGCCCGACUCCGAAGCGCCCACUUUCCGCGUCGGGCUGGACGGGGUCACCGGGCUCACCGGACACGACCCGGCGGUCAGUCGGCUCAUCUGCACCCCGAUCCCCGCCGGAGAGUGCGACCCCAGAAACUUUCAGCAGCAGCAGGCGGACGACCCGACGCUUUACGCCGGGGAGGACUGGGGCUACCUCCGCACCGCUGCGGAGGAGCUCCGGCAGACCGUCCUGCAGCAGAAGGACCAGAUAUCCACCGACCAGCGGACCAUCAGGGAGCUGGCCGGGAAGCUGUCCGAGUGUGAGAAGGGGCUGGGCGGAGGGAGCACCAGCAGCAGCAGCGCGGAGAGACGGGGCCGAGGCGCGGAGGAGAAGGAGGAGGAGGGUGAGGAGGAGGAAGGCGCACACCUGAGGAGGGUCAUGGUGCGGGACAGCCCCGCUUCUGCGUCCGACGGUGUCCACCUGCUGACCGUCAGAGCCGUGGACGAGCUGGAGCAGGCCAUCACUCAGCUCAAAGACCGCAUAGAGAGACUGGAGUCAGACAUCGGCCCAUUUCCGCACAACCGGACCGACAGCGGCGUCUCGGAGCCCAGGGAAGACGAGGUGUCUGGUGGCCCAGAAAGGGCCUCUGAUCCAGGGCACGGAGCCGGGGCCCACAGACCCUGGAGGAUUGAAGACUUGGAAGGGGAGCUGGGGAGGAAGGUGGAGCUUCUGGAGAAAGAGAGAAAAGCCCUGAGGCUGGAAACGGAGAGACACCGGCAGGAAAUCGACCAGGGCAUCAAUAAACUACACCACCGACUCUCAGGCCUGGAGGAAGGUGCUGCGGGGCACUCUUUCCCAGAGGGCUACAGGCUGUCCUUUCCAGCCCGGACGAACUACAUGUUCGCUCUCGUGAAGCACGCCAUCCCCCCGCUGCGGGCCUUCACCGCCUGCCUGUGGCUGCGGCCCGCCGCCGCCGGCAUCGGCACCCCUCUGUCCUACGCCGUCCCCGAGCAGCCCAACGAACUGGUGCUCCUGCAAGGCCUGCACACGCCCGCCGAGCUGCUCAUCAACGACAAGGUGGCCCAGCUGCCUCUGAACCUUUCCCGAGGCAGCUGGCAGCACCUCUGCGUGAGCUGGACCCAAAAGGGGGGAGCCUGGCAGGCCUACCAAGGCGGGAAGCUGAGGGGGGAGGGCCAAGGGCUGGCCGCCGGACACCACAUCAGACCUGGAGGAGUGCUCAUUCUGGGGCAAGAGCAGGAUUCCCUGGGUGGAGGUUUCGACUCAUCCCAGGCACUGGUUGGAGAGCUGUCCCAGGUGGGUCUGUGGGACAGAGUCCUGUCCCCCGGCCAGGUGGCCACCCUGGCACGAUGCAACAGAGUGACCCAAGGCAGUGUGGCCCCCUGGUCCGAGAACGGGGUUGAAGCAUAUGGAGGAGCAACCAAAGACCCGGGGGAGCCUUGCAGUAAGCACAGCAGGAGCUCCCAGUGA